GACAGCUCAUCCCUCGUCUCGCCUCUCAACCUCAUCCUCCUCUCCGCCGUCCUCUACACCUGCUACGCCCUACUCCGCCCGUCCCCGCCGCCCACGCUCCCCCGCGACGCCCCCGCGACCGUCUUCCGCACCUACACGCCCCACACGCUGCUCCCCUACUCGGGCAAGGACGACAGCCCCGUGUACCUCGCCGUCCGCGGCCGCAUCUUCGACGUCUCCCGCGGCCGCAACUUCUACGGCCCCGGCGGCCCCUACUCCAACUUUGCCGGCCGUGACGCCAGCCGCGGCCUCGCCUGCGGCAGCUUCGACGAGGACAUGUUGACGGAGGACCUUGACGGGCCUCUGGAUAAGCUCGAGGGCCUGGACAACGACCAGAUGGAGGCCCUGCAGGGCUGGGAGGAGAGGUUCCUCGAGAAGUACGAGGUUGUGGGACGCCUGGUGUCCGUGGCCGACUUCGAGGCUACCAAGAAAGCUUGA